CACUCGCACACAACUGCACUUCACUUCAGACUCUUCUUCAUUCACACUCACACACACACCUGAGGAAUCUGAGCUGAACACCUGGGCUGCUUCUGGCGAGAGGUUUUACUGCCAAAGGAAUGGCAGUCAUGGCUCACUCAUUGAGCUGGUGUGUGUUGUGUUUGGGUUUGUUGAGUGUCUGCGCUCAGGACUUCUAUGAGGAAAGAACUGGGCCAACAAGAGUUAAAACCAGAGGACCAACAGCAUCCAAUUUACAGAAACACAAUGGAGACGCCAUCUUGGACGAGGACUGCAGCCUUGAGUUGGCUUUUCUCUUGGACAGCUCCGAGACGGCCAAGGACAACCAUCAGCAGGAGAAAAAGUUCACGAUGGACAUUAUAGAAGGCCUCCAGAGCAUCCGCUUGGACACAGGCCGCAAACUCAGCUGGAGAGCGGCCCUGCUCCAGUACAGCAGUCACGUCAUCAUCGAGCAAACCCUAAAACAGUGGAAAGGCACUGAGAACUUCAAGAGCAGCAUCGCACCGAUGGCUUACAUCGGCCAUGGCACUUACACAACCUACGCCAUCACCAACAUGACCAAGAUAUUUGUGGAAGAAUCCAGCCCGGAACGAAUCAAGAUCGCCCUGCUCCUCACAGAUGGCUUCUUUCAUCCCAGAAACCCUGAUAUCUUCUCUGCCAUGGCGGAUGCAAAGAACCAGGGCGUGAAGGUGUUCACGAUUGGUAUCACUCGUACUGCCAACGACCCUGUGAACGCUGCAAACCUGAGGCUGCUGUCCAGUACACCGGCCUCCAGAUUCCUCUAUAAUCUACAAGACACAAACGUCAUGGAAAAAGUCAUUACUCAGAUUGCUCAGCUGGCAAACGAUGGGUGUCCUCUGUCUCAGAAGUGUGUAUGUGAGAAGGGCGAGCGAGGACCCAGUGGCCCAGCGGGAAAGAAGGGUCGUCCAGGUGAGGACGGAACUCCUGGGGCCAAAGGCCAAAAGGGUGAAGCUGGUUUAAGUGGACUUCCUGGUCGAGAGGGUACAGAGGGGAAACCAGGCUACAAAGGAGAGCAGGGGGAAAGAGGAGAAUGUGGGACUCCAGGAAUCAAAGGAGACCGAGGUCCUGAAGGUCCAGUUGGCACUCAAGGGUCCAGAGGUCUGCAGGGUUUACCAGGACCACAGGGUGACAUCGGUCCGGAGGGCGCACAGGGAAAAAAGGGUGAGCGUGGUCCUGCUGGCCUGCCGGGAAUUCAGGGCGACAGUGGAAUAGGACUUCCUGGACCAAAGGGAGAUAUGGGAUUUCAGGGAAGGCCGGGUCCUCCGGGUCCUAUUGGCAUAGGCGAACCAGGUCUACCUGGGCCACAAGGUCCACAGGGGGUUCAAGGUGAAAAAGGACCACAAGGAGAGGGUUUUCCAGGCCCAAAGGGGGACCGCGGUCUGGAGGGGCCAAAGGGGCCGAGGGGACAGCCGGGCCUGGGACUCAAAGGCGAUAAGGGUGAGUUCGGGCCUCCGGGUUUGCCAGGACCAGUUGGACUCACAGGGGUUGGCAUUCAGGGAGAAAAGGGUGUUGAGGGUCCGAGAGGGCCUCCAGGUGGUAGAGGACCACCAGGAGAGGGCUUCGCUGGGCCUAAGGGAGAACAAGGUUUGCCAGGAGAGAUGGGUACGCCGGGAGAGAGAGGACAGGGCGAGCCUGGAGCAAAGGGUGAGCCUGGCUCAUCUGGAUUGGCUGGAGUACCUGGACUUCCUGGAGAAGAUGGAGCUCCCGGACAAAAGGGUGAGCCUGGGAUACCAGGUUUCAGGGGACCUGAAGGGGCUCAAGGAAUUGGCACUCAAGGAGAGAAGGGAGACCAGGGUCAGCGUGGCAUUCGAGGGUUGCCAGGUCCUCCUGGGAUAAGCGGCCCUUCAGGGGCAAAGGGGGAACCAGGUACACCAGGAAGGCUGGGCAUGCCAGGAUUACCUGGAAGAGCUCUUGCAGGACCAAAGGGUGACUUGGGUCCUGCUGGACCUCCAGGACCGAUUGGAGAGACCGGUUAUGGCCUGCCUGGUCCAAAGGGUGAUCGGGGUAACCCAGGCCCACACGGACCAUCAGGGCCUAAAGGUGAUGGAUUCCCUGGUCCAGUGGGUCUGCCUGGUUUACCGGGCCUACCAGGAGAGCCCGGACCCGAAGGCGUUGGUGUUCCUGGACCCAAGGGAGAUGUUGGGUUCAGGGGCUUGCCUGGUUUGCCUGGACCACCAGGUGAAGGACUGCAGGGAAAGCAAGGCAACAUAGGAAGACCAGGUCCUCCAGGGCCACACGGGCCCCCAGGGGAAGGUAUUCAGGGACCCAAAGGGGAUCAAGGAGCUCCAGGAGUGACAGGACCGAGGGGCCCUUCAGGAGAGGGACUUCCAGGAGCCAAGGGGGAUCGUGGUCUGCAGGGCGAGAGGGGGUUUAAAGGAGGGAAAGGUGACAUGGGAGAUCCAGGCACUCCAGGACUUGCUGGAAGACAAGGACUCAAGGGUGAACAAGGGCUCACGAGGGAAGACAUAAUCAAACUGAUUAAGGAGAUUUGUGGGUGUGGAAUUAAGUGCAAGGAAAGGCCUAUGGAGCUGGUGUUUGUGAUCGAUAGCUCUGAAAGCGUGGGUCCUGAAAACUUCGAGAUCAUCAAAGACUUCGUCAUAGCUUUGGUGGAUCGCGUGACGGUGGGCCGUAAUGCCACAAGAAUCGGUCUGCUCCUUUACAGUUUGGAAGUUCAUCUAGAGUUUAACUUAGCCAGGUAUAUGACCAAACAAGAUGUGAAAAAGGCCGUCAGGAACAUGCCAUAUAUGGGGGAGGGCACUUACACUGGCACUGCCAUCCGAAAAGCCACGCAAGAGGCCUUUUUCAGUGCCAGGAACGGCGUCAGAAAAGUAGCCAUUGUCAUUACAGACGGGCAAACGGAUAAAAGAGAGCCGGUGAAGCUGGAUAUUGCAGUUCGUGAGGCUCAGGUGGCAAAUAUUGAGAUGUAUGCACUGGGUAUCGUGAACACAUCUGACCCGACGCAGGCCGAGUUUCUGAGAGAGCUCAAUCUCAUCGCUUCAGACCCGGAUAGUGAACACAUGUUCCUCAUUGAUGACUACAACACACUGCCAGCUCUGGAGUCUAAACUAGUUAGCCAGUUCUGUGAGGAUGAGAACGGAGCCCUUUACUUUAACCGGAUCACCAACGGCUUAAACGGAAACAAUGGAUUUGGCUACAGUAAUGGUCAAGAGGACAUUUCCUCAUACGGCAACACCGUUUAUGGAAGCAGAUUUCAGGAGUCACUAGACAGAUCGCAGAGUCACACCAGAGGCAGAGGACACAGUAUACCAUUACCCAUCAGCCCCGGGCCUCUCAAACCACAGGUGGAGAAUGACUCUGACGGAGAGGAUCUGGAUAUAAAAACACAAACUAAAAGUGGAGGAACGGUUGUGGUUGUCAAUAAAACAGUCCAACCUGCACAGCCUGGCACAUCAUCAUCAUCAUCUUCAACAGUCUCACUUUCUUCCUCAGUAUCAACGCAUUCUACUUCAGUGAAUGUGGACACGAAGCCUCGUCCUGUAGUGAUAAAAGAAUCGGCUCCCCUGGAUCCUCGCUGUCAGCUCAGUUUUGUUCAGGGCUCCUGUAGAAAUUACGUCAUUCGCUGGUACUAUGAGAAACAGUCAAACUCUUGCGCUCAGUUCUGGUAUGGAGGCUGUGAUGGAAAUGACAAUCGUUUCCAUACAGAAGAAGAAUGCAAGACGACGUGUGUCCUCAGCAGCACAGUAUAAACGGACAAAAAGGUGGAAGAUCUUCAUCAGUUUUUCAACACUGAACCUCAAUAAAUGAACUUUAUGCUGGUGAUGUUGGAUCACG